UGUUAUAGACGUUUUGGAAGCCCCGAUACAAUCAAAAAACAUAGAUGCUAUUUCCAACACUAAUCAGGAGGCUUUGACUUAAAUUCAAUCAAAAUUUUAUUCGCGAAAAAUUCCAAAGCAAGAAAUAUGCACAAGACCUGGCGAAAGGCGAUCCACAAGCGCAAGGCAUGGAAGACCGUAUCGAGGCCUGGGAAGCUGGUGUACUACAUGCAGCCGCUGGUGGAGCACUACUUCGACAUCUGGAUGCAGCCCAUGCCCUUUCCGACGAUCAUAAAGUUCCUGUACAGCUGCGUGGUGCUCUUCUUCCUCAUGCUGCCCAUACUGUACCCACUGUUCGUCCUGAUGGUCUACUACGGCAUCCUCCAGUACGUGGGCGAGGAGCACUUCGGCCUGGUGCCGCCACCCAACUGGGACCUUCUGGGGGCCGCCAAUCACGUGUGGCGCACCGAGGUGACCAACAAGAAGUAUCUGCUGUUCGUGACCAUGUACAUCGACAGGUACCGCGUCAUUUUAACCGCCAUAUCUUCGACAGUCGACUAUAUGCGCAUGGCGCUGUGCUUCAUCUUCAGCUGAGCCAAGAUCGCCACAAAAUCGAUCCGUACUUGCCGAUCCCCCUUGAGGGGGAGUUCGAAAACUGACUGCUUGUUGGGUUGUGUUGUCAUAUCUUCUUGAAAAGUUAUCUGGUAUCACUUUCCUGGCAAUAAACUUCCAGUAAAUUGUUCUUUAUAAGGCUCGCUUGCACACACAGAA